CUGCAGUUGACUUUUCCGCAGCCUUCUCCAAAGCUGCGAUAUAAAGUUCUGGGUUCCAAUCUCGUCAAUUAGUAAAUUGUCGUUUUUUGCCCUAAUCUCUACUCGCUCCAGCUCCUCGCGGGCGUAAGCUCACUACAAAUCCUCUCGAUGCAGGCGCUUCGGCCUGUCCUGCUUCGCCGAGUACAGCGCGCGGUCACCAAGGACAAGCUCUCCCAGCUCUCUCGCUCAGGCUCGUUGAAUAGCUGGCGAGCCCAGCACGACCACCAUGGCCCUCACAAAGAAUACUUCCAGACUCCUGGCCAAAUGCCCGUUCCCGACUCGACACCCUACACACAUGGCCAACCAUACAUACCGAGCAUACAGAAUGUCCCUCCCACAUCGAGAACCGGUGGCAUCUCGCUCUUAAGGAGCUUUAGCCGAUCCGUCUUUUGGGCUGUCCUUUUCGCAUCUUUGGGUGUCACCGCCGGGACGGCGCUGAUAACAUGGGAGUACCUACAGCCCCCCUUCGAGCCUGGUUCUCCCGCGGAACAAGAACUCUACGACGAGAUCCUCGACGCGAUGGAACUCCACCCGUUGGUCGAUUCGCUGCGACAGGCAAAUUGGAUAGAAGAGAACUACUACGCUGCUCACAGCGGGGCGGGCAACGAGCUGGAGAAUAGAGGGCUACACCUCGUGGCGGAGACACUUCAGGGAACGCAAGGAGUGAGCGUGAAGACAUUCAAGCACCCGACUCAGGAAUUUACCAUCAUGGUUUGUUUUCUGGGUUUUGGCAUCGAGGGUUGGCCGGACACAAUCCACGGCGGCAUGAUUGUAACUCUGAUUGAGGAGGGAAUUCAACGACAGAUUCACAACUUCUACAAAAAGUUCGGAAGCCGGGACCAGCAGACGAUUUCCAUUGAUUUCAAGAGACCUAUGCGGCCUGGAGAGAUAUAUGCUGUGAUUGUCCCGCCUGCGCAGUUGGAAUCGAAUCCAGCUCCAGAGACGACGCAUCUGCAGAUAUUGCCCAUGGUUGUGAGGAUCGAGGCUCCUCCCAGGAUUACGCCUGAGUUGCUCACGAUCGAAUUGCCGUCUAUUGAUGAGUUGCAUGCGGUGGCCAACGUACAGGUUCGACUCGUGCAGUCCAAGAGUGAAGAGGGAAUGGCAGAGCCCGAGGGGCACGUAGCCUCGAAAAAGAUCGACUGAGCGCAAAUGACUGAGGCGCAUCAUCUCCCGGGUAUCAAAGUUGUGGACCGUCUUCCGCCUUCGUCGACCGACAACUCAAGUCUCACGGCGAAAAUUGGACACUAGGAACGCAGUCUUUUCCCGCCCUCUACGGUCAACGAAGUCGUCCAGAGUUUCCGAACUACUUUCAUUCACACCACCAAAAUAUGUUUCACGGAGUGUCGGUUGUCCAGCGAUCCGAGCAAGCAUAAAGUUGGGGCAAUUAUUCCCUGUGCUAUUGCUUGCGAGUCAUGACAAGGUCCCCUUGCCCAGAAUGGCAGACUAAAGCCCUGUUCAUUUUCGAUCACCGCCAUCGGUUGCAGCAGGCGAUGGUGCAAGGGACGAUUCGAUGAUGUCGACACGUGGGAUGGCCAGACUAGGGACCAAGAAAGCAGCCACAAUACGCCUAACCCGUCAAUCACUGUCGCUCCCUGCAUUUUGAAUAAGGCUAGAAGUGCCAACGGAAUUUGGAUCGUGCAAAGGAGCGUGGCGAACGACCGGACUGGUGCCCAGAUUAGGCGAUCGCACGGCGAGAGUUUCGGCUAUCCCCUCAAAUGGGUGAAAAGUGUCGACGUGCAUGCAAAAUACCGAGGCGCGCUGAGAGUCGGCAACUGAGAUUCUUUGACCAUUUUACGAAUAGGACAAAGGAUUCAUGCUUGUUGGUGGGGUGAGGAAGAGGUACAGGUGUUUUUGAGAGCGUCCGUAAUGAUCAACGACGAGCAGAAACAAGCAGUCAUCGUUUCAAGGGAGGUAUUGUGAGGGCAUGUCGAGAGGUUGACCAGGACUCUGGAGUGUUGUUCAAGCGCGCAAUCGGGCGCCAUUGCAUCCUCUACGACGCAUGUUCGUCUCGUACAGGAGGAGCCUCGGUAUCUGGCCGGCUAUCUCCUGGCAGUGUCAGGUAUGGCUUUACCGACUUUUGAACCAAUUUGGAUGUUUGUCCGUGAUGCAGGUCGGGAGCAGGCCACUGCUUGCCACCUUUUGUCACCUCCAGACUCAAUUUUUGCGGAGAAGUGGGCCAGUGGCUCGUUUUUGGCCCGUAGUGUCCCACUCUCGUGAAUCCUUCGAGUUGUGCUCGCCUACCAAUCCUCCAUACCCCAGCAUUCUUUUUCACGAUGUCGGGGUGGUUUGUGGAGGGUGACCGAGUCGAUGAUACAUGGAUUGCGGUCCGCGAAAGACACCGAGUGGGCUGGGUAGGACGAGUUUGAUGCGAUCCGACAGCUGCGAAGGGUUGCCAUUUCCGAGGCCAGGGGCUGCAUGCCAACUAUCCAAGCGCCACCUCCAUCUCUUGCUCUGGCACACCCCCGCGUCCCGCACGACUGGCGGCGCAAACAACUGCCUUUGGUGUGUCUUAGUUAGCUCCAAUGCUUGCAGCCCGACUUUGGGGGCCCCGAAAAAAACGAGGACUUGCCCUCGUAUUCUCCCCCUCGGUGCCUGUGAAAUGGAUUGUGCACACGCAUUCCUGAGAAAGCCUAAACGGACCACACCGAUUGCCGAUGGAUGCUCACGAUCCUCCCGACAUGUCAGAGAGAGCGCGAUGAAGCAGCGAGCUGGGCUAGUCGACCUUCUCCGGGGGGAACCGAGUCCAGGUGUUGGGAGAUAACAGAACGCAGGCUGGGGGAACGAGGGUGACAUGAUGGGGAAGAGAGAAACGAAAUGGGACCUUUUUUUCCCUUCCACGGAAGAAUGCCUAGAGCCACUCAUCGAAUCGCUCCCUGCGCACACUCACUCUCUCGUUCUCUCUCUUGAGAACAAUAAUACAGUACAGA